UGUUCUCUGUCAGACGCGGCUGUGUGGCGCUAAGAACACUUCACGCUGCAGUCACCUCUGAGCAAACAUAUCAUUUACUCGCAGAUUGGAGGGUUUUGGAUGUUUUUCGCACAGCACCAGGGUUUCUGGUGACUUGUGUUUCACUUUGACAGUGCAUCGCGAUCACCUGGGCUGUUAUUUGGUGGACUUGUUGUCAACAAAAUGUGGGGUAUCCAGAGGACGCGGUAUGCAGACUGCAACGGAUCUGAAGCCAGUGAAGAGAAUGAGAUUGUUGUCAACAUCGGCGGUGUGAAACAGGUGUUGUUUGGGGACGUGUUGAAUCGCUACCCGGACACGCGGCUGGCAGAACUGGUGGACUGUUCACUUAAGUCCCCUGAAGAAAUAUCCUCACUAUGUGACGACUACGACCCGGACACAAGGGAAUUUUAUUUUGACAGAGACCCCAAAGCUUUUAAGUGUAUAAUUGAACUGUAUUAUUAUGGAGAGAUUCACAUAAAACGAGGCAUUUGUCCAAUUUGUUUUAUGAAGGAGAUGGAGUUCUGGAAGAUCGACCCUGAUUUUCUGGACGACUGUUGUAAAUGCCACCUGAAUGAGGUAGAGGAUGAACUUGCAGAGAUCGCAGAGAAAGUGAGGACUAUCCUGGUGGACAGAGAGGGAGAUCCGUCUGCAGCUGGCUGGCAGCGCUUCCAGAUGUGCCUCUGGAGGCUGAUGGAGAAGCCGGAGUCCUCGCUGCCUGCACACAUAAUCACCAUAGUUUCUUUCAUCUUCGUCCUCGUCUCCUCCGUGGUGAUGUGUGUUGGGACCAUCCCCGACCUGCAGGUGGAGGACUCGGAGGGUAACCUCACGGAGAACCCAACUCUGGAGGUCAUCGAGACGUUGUGCAUCGGCUGGUUCACUAUCGAGUACAUCUUGCGCCUGAUCUCCGCACCAAACAAAAUGAAAUUUGUCCUGGCUUUCAUGAACAUCAUAGACUUCAUGGCAAUCAUGCCUUUCUUCGUGGUUCUCAUUCUGACCUCUUUCGGCACAGGAGUGAUGGAGCUGACCAACGUGCAGCAGGCGGUGCAGGCUUUACGCAUAAUGCGCAUUGCGCGCAUUUUCAAGCUGGCACGACAUUCCUCCGGACUCCAGACCCUCACAUCUGCUCUGAAGAGCAGCUUCAAAGAGCUCGGGCUUCUCCUCAUGUACAUGGGCGUGGGGGUCUUCCUUUUCUCCGCACUGGGCUACACAAUGGAGCAGAGCCACCCGGAGACCUUGUUCACCAGCAUCCCACAGUCCUUCUGGUGGGCUGUGAUCACUAUGACCACGGUGGGAUAUGGAGACGUCUACCCCAAGACUACUUUAGGUCGGUGCAAUGCUGCCCUCAGCUUUCUGUGCGGGGUGAUAGCCAUAGCGCUGCCUAUACACCCCAUCAUCAACAAUUUCGUUUUGUUCUACAACAAACAACAGGUGCUGGAGACCGCUGCCAAGCAUGAGAUUGAACUGAUGGCUCUGCGCUCGGGCGAGGGUGAGCUGGAGGCGGCUCCCGCUGCCCAUAAACAUGUCUGCGGAGCCGGAGUGUGGGACCACGCCAUGCGCUCCUGUCACAGCGACACAUACAUCCCCUUACUGAAGGAUCCCAGAGGAGGGGCGGGGUUCCAGACCCCCAGCAUGGACACAAGCUUUGAAAGCACAGCCGCGGCCUCUGAGUAUUUCAUCUCAUAAACACUAAAGACUCCAAGAAAACACUCAGCAAAACAACAACAAAACAUCGAAUGAAUCAUUAAUAUUUGACCUAUUCAAACUUAACCCGCACAUUUCAGGGUUAAUGGUACCACGAUGACUGGAUUGUAAAUAGCCUCGUUAAAUUAUAGGGCUGCAGUGUGCUCUCUAAAGCAGUGGUUCUCAACUGGUGGGUCGCGGACCCGUUUCGAUUGGGUCGCGGAUAUGUGAGUGAAGUUUUUUUUGUUGAAAAAAGACAAUUGAAACUUCUUUUUUUUAUU